UGAAUUGUUUAGAAAAUUUUUUAAUAUUAUUUAUUUUAUCUGGUUCAUUUAUAUUGUCACAAGCAGAAACUGAUACAUUUGAUGAAGAACUAAUGAUAAAACCUUUACCAAAUGGAUAUGUUUAUGCUUAUUUUCAAUUCACUACUUUAUGGAAAGCUGCAAAUAAUAUAGAAACAUUAAAACAUACACACUUAUUUCCCCGAGGACUUGCUGAGAUAAUUGGUAGACAUCACGUUGAUGAAUUACACGUUACUUUAACCGAAGGUCUUUGGAAUUAUGCAAAAUUUGGUUAUCCAUUUUAUAGCGCUGGACCCGGAGUUGAAAUUUCUACCUGGUUUAAUAAACGUGUCGCAGAUGUGAAUCAAGAAUGGAAAGGCUUAACAAAUGCAUUAUCCGGACUAUUAUGUGCUUCGUUAAAUUUUGUUGACCCUUCAAACAGCCUGUCACCUGAAUUUAGUUUUAGACCUACGGGUGCCGUAACGCAGAUACCAAAAUCUAGUUUUUUACGAUACUCAUCCUUACCAAGAGAGACAGCGUGUACAGAAAACUUAACACCUUUUAUAAAACUUUUACCCUGUGAUUCUAAAAAGGGGCUUGCAACACUAUUGAACUCGGCAUACAUUCAUAACACAAAUUAUCAUUCUAUAGGCAUACAUUUUCGUUCGGUCUGUGGUAAUUCAAAAUGUACAAAAUUAUCUCUAGAACUAAGACAAACUGUUUCACUUGUUUAUGAUACUGUAACAUUUGACACACCGGAUUGGUCGACCAGAAAAUUGUUUGGUAUAGGUUUAAGAGGUGCUUGUCCUCUCGCAACAUUGAGCAGCAUUUAUGUCGAUCUCUCAGGAAAUGAAACGACUCAUAAUUUUAAGUUAUCACCCCAGCCAGAUACAACUACCGUAAGUUUCAGAGGAGGGCAGGAAAAUAAAUAUGCUAUUUACAAUGUGAGAUCGAAAACGGCCGAGGGAGCUCUUAGUAUAGCUACCGUCCAUAGAAUACAAAAAUCAGUUGCCUCUAAUUAUCCAUCAAUUUUGUAUGCAAAUAGAUAUAUAAUUGGAUAUGGCCAGGAGAAAGGAUCAUUGGUAACAAAGAUUUAUAACAAUUAUUGGAAAUCACUGGACAUUGUAUUAUUAGAAAAUGUACCUUGGUAUCUGUCUUUAUAUUUACAUACCAUGAAAAUCACCUGUAAUGGUGAAACUAUUAAACCACUGGCCCGGCGAUAUAUUCCUGGAAAGGAGAGAAAACAGCCUUAUUAUUUAGAACUUAUUUUACGUUUACCUCCGCAUUCGGUGACAAAGCUCUUCGUCGAUGUCGAUUACAUGUUCUUGAAGUGGCAAGAAUAUCCUCCAGAUGCGAAUCAUGGUUUUUACAUGGGGCCCGCGAUAAUUACUGCAUUACUUCCAAUUGCCAGGAAUUACACGGCUUUGCCACAAGAUGGUAGUACAAUAACUUCAAUAUUCAAUGGUACGAGGGAGGGUUAUCUUGUCCAGUUGCGCACGGAGAGUAUCCUUAUAAGUCUGCCGACGCCGGACUUUAGUAUGCCGUACAACGUCAUCUGCUUGGCUUGUACAGCGGUCGCCCUGGCUUUCGGGCCCCUUCACAAUAUCUCCACCAAGCGGCUCGUACUGAAGCGAAUCGAGAAACAGAGCUUCUUCCUGUCUAUACUCGGGAAGGUGCGACGCGUCCUCGGCUUGAAGGAAAAGACCUCCUAGAUCGUGAUCGCGCUUCUUUGCCAGAGCCUCGUCUUCGCACGGAGCGC